AUGGACUCUAACAUGGCGUCCUUGAUGGACCUUGUGUCCCAAAAUCAACCCCACUUCCAGACACACCAAGCUCUUCUUGUCGUUGGACUGCAAAACGACUUUGUGACACCAGACGGACGACUGCCCGUUGACACCAAGACGGGCUUCCUGGAGCGCAUCCAGACUUUGAUCCCGAAAUUUCGGGAGCUCAGCAGCAAUGUAAUAUGGGUGCAAACGCUGUAUGAAGCCGACCGCAUCGCGACCGGCACCGAUACGGGUGAAGGCGACACGCUUGUUGUAGGCGGACUGGUCGAUGGAGACGAGAGCAACAAUGACGCAGCAGAGGAAGAGUUGGCCAAAGAAGCGGCGUCGCUACCAGCGCAAUCCAGAUCCUCAAAACACAAGCAACGCGCGCUAGAUCUGCUGAAACGCGUGUCGGCGCGAAGGAAGACGCUGCCAAAAGAAGUUGCAAAGGCCAAGGCAGAGGAAGAUGAGGAGUUGUUCUUGUUGAAGAGCGAGAAGAGGACGCCGGCAUGCGUCCCAGACACGCACGGCGCCGAGUUCGCGGAUGCCGUUGCAAAGCAGGUCGAGCUAGCUACGGAUGUUGUGAUCCGGACUACGAAUUACUCCGCUUUCCAAGGAACCAACUUACUCAUGACCUUGCGCGCAAGGCUUAUCACUGAACUCUUCAUUGUAGGAUGCAUAACCAAUGUGUCUGUGCUUGCGACUGUCAUCGAUGCUGCGCGACACGGUGUUAAGAUUCAUGUUGUAGAAGACUGUCUGGGCUUUCGUAAGGAAAACCGACAUGAUCUGGCUCUUAAGCGCAUGGAGGACUUCUUUAGCGCUUUUCUGGUCAAUAGCGAAGAGAUACUCAAGGACGAACCGCUAAAGGAUGGGCAAAAGAUAGCGACGUUUGCGAAUGGCGAGAGAAGCGGUAAGAAGGGCGGCGAGAAGGAUAGCGACAAAAAUGUUGAGGAGCUGAUGGCCAAAAUGUCUCUUGCAUCUACCAUCAUAGCAAACCGAACGGCCGCGCAGGGUUCUGCCGCUAAGAACAAAUCAGAACCCAAUGACAAGGAAUUUUCCGAAAUGCUUGCAAAGGGAGCGGCGGUACCUGGCACGCAGGGGGAGAAGAAGCCGGAGCUUGUCAAAACCAAGAUCCGAAUGAGAACAGGAAAACCUAGGAAAAAGAAGAAGAAAGCGAAGGAAGGAGAGGAACCAAGAGAGGACGAUGGAGAUGCGAAUAGCAAGCCCAGCACGACUAUGGAUCAAGGCACAAACGAUCCGCCUCUACCAACCAUAGGCUCACCGGCAGCGAUGCCACCGCCUACGUCGACAGAUUCUCAGCGAACGUCGAAGAUUGGGAAAGCAGGGAGUGUGGCAGAUUUGCGGGAGAAAGAAGGGAAGCAGCAUGCGUUGAAGAACGCUACAUCGGUGCCUAUAUUAUCUUCCAAGUCUGGCGGUGAAGAGAAGGAGAAGAACAGAAUAUCGGAUUUCUCGGAUCGCGUCCGCAUGUCACUCUCUAGGGCGCCAAAGUCUGAAUCAGGGUCUGAGUCUAAGAGAGAAUCCAUUAAUUCUGCAAAGGCAACCUCAACCACAUCGAAGCAAGACGAUAAAGAACCGAGCUCAAAAACUACACAGCCAGAGCAGUCUUCUACAAGCACUCAAAAAGUCGACUCUUCUUCAUCAGCAAAAGCCACCACGAUGGUCAAGUCAUCCAAGUUGCAGUCGCUCGCAACUUUCCCUGUCCUAGGACCCGGAGAUCACAUUGCAGAAGGCGACUCGCGCAUCGUUGAUGAUUUCUUCCCUGCCGACCUCGUUCACCCCUCCGUGCCAUCAAAACCACUCAAGGAUGUUAUAUUUACCCAACUUUACAAUGAAGUGCGAUGGCAGAAGAUGCUACACCAGCAAGGCGAGGUCCCCCGUCUCGUAUGCUGUCAAGGCGCCUUUGGCGACGACGGCUCUAUGCCUGUAUACCGUCAUCCAGCAGACCAGACUCUGCCGCUUCUGCGUUUCUCACCUAAAGUGCAGGUCAUACGGAAGCGCGCCGAGAAAUUCGUGGGUCACCCCCUCAACCACGUCCUAAUCCAACUAUACCGUUCCGGCAACGACUUCAUAUCCGAGCAUUCAGACAAAACGCUCGACAUUGUAAAAGGCUCUUCAAUCGUCAACGUGAGCUUUGGCUCCCAACGAACGAUGCGACUACGCACCAAGAAGCCUCAGUCGAAAUCAGAAGAAGACGUCCACAGCACCACUACUCAGCGCGAAACUCAACGUGUAGCCUUGCCCCACAACUCCAUGUUCGUCCUCGGCCUCGAAUCGAACGCAAAAUGGCUCCACGGUAUUCAACCCGAUAAGCGCCUAUCCAGUGAACGCAGCGAAAGCGAAACAGCUUACAACGGCAUUCGCAUCAGCCUAACAUUCCGGCACAUUGGCACCUUCCUCGACGCCAAAGAGACCAUCAUCUGGGGCCAAGGCGCAACAGCGAAAACCCCCCGCGACGCCGCCGAUAUCAUCUCCAACGAAGAAUCAGAAUCCAAGCGCCUCAUCAGUGCCUUCAGCCGCGAAAACCACUCCCAAGAUUUCUCGUGGGAGGAGCACUACGGCGACGGCUUCGAUGUCCUGCACCUAAACGCCCCACCACCCGCAGACAUCCCUUUGCUUUUCCUCUCCAAUAACCACAUCGAAAACAACCAAGCCAUCAUCGGCCUCACUGAAGCAAAAAUACACUACACCGUCAUUGAAGCACCGAUCCUGGACACGGCAUUCGAACUCGAUCGUCAAGUCACCUUCCGUGACACAGACACGCAACACACAGAAAUCCACAUGGCUUCUUCCAUACUGCUUUAUCUUGACCACUACUACCCGCUCGACAAAUCUUCUUCCUCCCAUCUUACCACUGCAAAUGCGUAUCCGACGAUGCUGCUUGCGGCUGGUAUAAUGAAAGCUUGGUUGAACCGUGGGGUACCUGGGUAUGCUGAUGAACUUGGGCAUUUGCUCCGCAACUCUAUUGAGCACUUUCUUGACCUUGAAAUGGCCACUUACAUGCACCUCGUGCGUCGCGGUAAUAAGAAACCUAUCAAUGAACGCCCAUCGGAAUCAGUUACUCGCGUUAUCUUCGACCAGCGCAUGUCAUCCGAUGAAUGGGCUAUUCUCCAGGAGCUCCUCGCUAUCCUCGACCCGAUUAAAGCGUGCACAAAGAAGCUCGAAGGUCGACCGAGUGAGGAGUCCGCUACCAGUAUUGCCGACGUCUGUGGCGAUCGGCAAGCGAGCCGUGUCGGCAUCUGUAUCCUGAACUUUACAAUCAGUCAUAAAGAUGCGCUACCCCACAGAGGCAUUGCGGAGACGAUCGCAGUCGUUUCUGUACCUCCACAGCGCGUUACGAUGAUGUCGAAGAGUAAUGUCGAAGGCGCCGACAUGCCUGUUGAAGGCGUAACGGAUUUGGAGCGAGUAGCUACCGCGGCACCGCAAACUGCAGAUGAGAAGGAUGGGGAACUUGUGGCUGUGACUACAACGGCUUCUGAACGCUUGCCUUUUUCAAAAGCACGAUGUGUGGCGCUUGUUACGACUAUUGCUGCUGCACCGUUUUUAAGUACCAUGGCUGUUCAAGCUUCCGUCAUCAUCCUGCCCACCAUUGGAGAAGAACUGCACAUCCCAGUCAGUCGCCAGCAGUGGAUCAUCUCCGCGUACAACCUCACUUUCGGCUGCUUUCUGCUUCUAUGGGGCCGUCUAGCAGACGUAUACGGCCGACGAAUGAUCUUUCUCUGGGGUUCCGCAGCUUUCACACUAACAUCCAUCAUAACACCAUUCAUCCCGAAUGAAAUCGGAUUCGACAUAUUCCGUGGACUCCAGGGUCUAGCCGCCGCCGCCAUGGCACCCACCGCUCUCGGCAUCCUGGCUUCUACCUUCCCGCCCGGAAAGACAAAAGACAUCGCUUUUGGAUGUUUCGGUGCCGGAGCUCCACUGGGCGGCGUUUUGGGCAACAUAUUUGGUGGUGUUGUUGGCGAGUACCUCGAUUGGCAAUGGGUCUUCUGGCUUUUCGGUAUCAUCGCUGGGAUCUCCACGGUGGCUAGUUGGUUUGUGAUUCCUGUGCCGCCGGUGAAGGAGGAGCCGGUCAUGCGUAGCACGGUAGACUGGAUUGGCGGAUCUCUCAUCACCAUCGGGCUUGUCAUUCUCGUAUUCGCGCUUUCCGAGGGCAACGUCGUGGGCUGGCGGACGCCGUGGGUACCCGUACUCAUUGUCGUCUCACUGAUCAUCAUCGUUGCAUUCGGCUUCUGGCAGCAUUACCUCGAGACGAAGACAGAGAGGCGCCCGUUGAUGAAGAUGAGCAUCUUCAAAAACGCCAAGUUCACUGCUGCCAACGUGCUGAUGGCGCUGUUCUUCUCGAGCUUCAACAACUACCUCAUCUUCGCCACGUAUUGGUUCCAAGACUACCAGGGCCACUCUGUUAUCCAGACCACGCUUCGUUUCCUGCCUAACGGUAUUACGGGCAUUCUGGUUGCGACCAUCACCGGUCAAAUCCUGUCCCGUGUACCCGGCGACUACAUACUCACUUUCAGUACCAUCUGUGUAAGCAUCUCGUCGCUCCUGUUCGCAAUCCCCAUCCCAGUCGAUACUACUUACUGGGCAUAUGGAUUUCCUGCCAUGGUACUGUGUGUCUCAGGUGCGGAUACCAUUUUCCCUGUCCUUACACUGUUUGUGGCCAAGACGUUGCCACCAGAAGAUGCAUCGUUAGGCGGCGCACUUAUCACUGCUGUGGGCCAGAUCGGCCGUGCGAUUGGCCUUGCGAUUGCGACGGCUGUACAGACAGCUGUUGUAGCAAGAGAGAAAGGCCUGAGUGUGGAUCAGAUUGGCACUGAAGGACAUAAGACGGAGCCAUGGGAUCCUGCACUAAAGGUGGGCAUUAGAACAACGGCUUGGUUCAACUUUGGUAUAAGCGUUGCGUCUACAGUUGUGGUAAUCUUGUUUAUUAGAGGUAUUGGCAUUAUCGGAGGGAAAGGAAAGCGAUAG